UUGUGAAAUUGAAUGUAAGCACAUAACUUGCUACAAAAAAGUUAGGCAAAUAUAUAAAACAAUCGAUUGAAUUAAAUAAUUAAGGCAUCAUCUAAUAACACGUUCCAAUUGCCGUUACAUGACGAUGGGUGUCUCAACGAAAGCUUUGCCAAACUGAAAAGUAAUCGAAGAUCGUGUUCGUAGCUGCAUCUUUUGCUUAACUGGCGACGCGUGUGCGGCGGUCAAACGAUACGCUUCGACAGUUUCGACCCGAAAAUCCCAGCUUAAUUCAACCACGAACCAAAGGAGGUAAAAGCAAGGGAAAAAUGUAACAGCGUGAGAUUUCCAGUAAAGAUGGUGAUGAAAGUAUAAAAUCGUCCGAUUGGCCAGUAAGAGGUAUCAUUCGUUUGUGAUCACUUGCCUAAAGCACACAUAGGAAAGGUCAUCAUGAAGGCGUUUGCCACCGUUAUUGUUGCGUUUGUCGCACUGUCGAUCGUUGGAGCUGAAGGUUCCGAUAGGAAGGAAAAACGUAGCAUUGGCGAGCAUGGGGCGCAACUACCAUUAUACAAUAAUCAUGUGAUACAACAGCAGCAGUUUGAUUAUCAGAAGAGCCAGCAAAACCAAGGAAAGUGGUCUCAGCCGGAUGAACAACUGAACAAAGCUGAACAGCAAUACCAACAGCAGCUUCAAUGGGAAUCGCAAAAGGAACGCGCUCAAGUGCAUGUUCACCAUCACGUCGAACCUCAACAUCAGAACCAACUGCAAGUAGUCCAGCCUCCUCACCCUGUUCAGUACCAUUAUGUUCAGCAGCAAGAUCUUCAGCAGCCGCAGUUUAUUCACCCCCAGCUGCAGCAAGAGCAGUUCAUUCACCCCCAACAUCAACAAGCUCAAUAUCAGCAUCACGAUUAUCGUCAGCAACAGGACGCGCAUCCGCAUAAGCAGGUUAUCAGCAUCAAUACUAUAACACAGCAGGUGCCGUAUCCAGUUCACGUUCAAAAGAACGUCGCUGUUCCCGUCAACGUUCCGUAUCCAGUGGCCAUCGAGAAGCCUGUCCCCGUAGUGUUGGAGAGGAAAGUUCCGCUGUACGUUGAGAAACAGAUCCCCUACCCAGUUGAGCGGCCGUUGCCAUACCCGGUCCGGGUUCCCGUUCAAGGUCCGGUCCACAAGGACAUUCACGUGGUGCACGUUCCCCAGCCAGUCGCAGUUCAUGUCGAAAAGCCUUAUCCCGUGUAUAUGCAUCAGCCGAUCUACGUAGAGAAGCCUGUGCCCGUGCAAGUCUUCAUUAAGGAGAAUAAGAAAAAGUCCCUGUGGGGCUGAGUCGUCCUAGAUGUAACCUGUUGGAUAGUUGAUGUUGUUGAUAGGUUUGUAGUUAGACGAUGAUUAAGUAAGUAGGAAAUGUUAAUAAAUUAUUUAUUGAUAUUGGAGAAACUUUGAAACAAAUAACUUAUUGGGAAAAGUCUUCGAAGUCCCGCCUUUGGCUGACGUUUCUGAAUAGACGAAAAACAUUUCACAUAUAAUUGCGA